AUGUACGACAGUAUAGGCGACCCCGACGAUCAUAUCGCUGAGUACAAGCAGCGGAUGCUCACGGUUGCACUUCCAAAAGAGUCCCACGAAGCUACAAUGUGUAAAGGUCCAUCCAUAUCCUCUUUCGCGAGCCUUAGCGACAAGUUUGUGGAGAAAUUCGCAAGUAGUAGGAGACUGAAGAAGACUUCAGACGGUCUCUACGAGAUUCUUCAGAAUCGGGUAGAACCCCUGCGAGACUACAUAGCCUGCUUCAACCAAGAGAGGGUGGCAGUUCCCGAGUGCAGCAUCCCUACCAUGAUCUCUGCCUUCAAAAGGGGCAUGCUUCCAGACGGGGGCCUCUACAAAGAAUUAACCAUGUAUCCCUGCAAGACCAUGGAAGAUGUGUUAUCCCGAGCCUGGGCGCAAGUGAAGUGGAAAGAAGACGUCGCUAGCCGCGCUAAAGCCCAUACGAAGCAGGACCAAAAGUCAGCCCGAUCAGAUCAAGGAAAUCGGGAUGAAAGAUCCUUCCAAAGAGCUACCAAGAACUCCGGGAAUAGAAACCGGGGCAGCUGGGCCAACAAGGUCAAGUGGCCUCAAAAGAUGAAGGCACCUGACUCGUUCUGGAACCCCGGCCUCUGGUGCGACUUCCAUCGCGACCACGGUCACAAAACUGAAGACUGCGUCGCUCUAACGAUUGAGGUCAGUGAACUACUCCAAAAGAGGCAUCUCCGGGAGUUCCUCUCAGAAAAAGCCAAGAACCAUCUAAAUAAAGAGGCGUCGGUGAAAUCCGCUGGAGCUAUACCCGCCUUGCCACCUUGCCAGGACCAAGUGAUCCAUAUCAUAUCUGGAGGCUCAGAGAUAAGUGGCGUGAGCCAUGCAGCUACCAAGAAAAGCCCCUGCAACGCCAAGCACGGCCUGGAGACGACCAAACCAAAGCACUUGCUCCUAGGUACCGACGAAAUAAGCUUCACAGCCAAGGAGCAGGAGAGGAUCCUGGCCCCCCACCAUGAUGCUCUGGUUAUCUCACUCACCGUAGCAAACUGCUUGGUGAAAAGAAUACUAGUGGACAACGGUAGCUCCAGCAACAUCAUCUUCCAGAUUGUGUACCAGGACCUAGGGCUGGAGGAGAGUGACCUGACGCGAAAAAUAACUCCACUCAUCGGAUUCAGCGGUGAAGUCAAGCAAACGGCCGGAGAGAUCACUCUCCCAAUAUACGCUGAAGAGAUCAACAUGUCUACCGAGUUCCUGAUCGUCGACUGUCAAUCAGCAUACAACAUGAUCUUAGGACGACCCUGGAUUCAUGACAUGGGAGCAGUCCCUUCAACCCUUCAUCAAAUGGUGAAGUUCCCUAUGCCCUGGGGCCUCAGAAUAAUCAAGGGAGAUCAGGAGAACUCUCAAUCCUGUUACCAGACCACCUUAAAGGGAAAAACCAAGGAAGCUAAGCAAACUGAUGGGACCAGUUAUCUGACGGUUACUGGAUUUGUGAACUGCCGAGCGGUUAUAAGGCAGUUACAGAGGCAGUUACUAAGCAGUUCUGGAACAGUUGCAAGGGUAGUUAGCAAAGCAGUUUGGAACGGUUCAUGGGUUGGUUACCGGAACAGUUAUGGACCUGUCGAGAAGUUAAUGAGAAACUGUCGAAGGCAGUUAUGGACGGUUUGGGACGCAAGAGCGGUUAUGUUUGUGGAGAAACCGCCUAUUUGUUUCCCUUAA